AAAUUGCUUAUCGGAGAAGAAAGAAUGGCCGCUAUGGCAUCAAGCAGCAGAAAAAGAAUGGCAGUUGAUGGUUUACCUAACGAUUGCUGGGAAUUGGUGUUAUCGAAACUCUUCAACGAGAUUGGCAACAACGUUGAUGAGCUUAAUCAUUAUUUAGAGACUCUAUCCCUUGUAUCCAAACAACUACUCUCCGUCGCCAGCACUUUUGUGUAUUCCAUCAAAUUAAUAUACAAUCCAUCAUCAUCACUAAUCUCUGCCAUCUUCCACAGAUUCCCAAACUUCACCUCCCUAGAUCUCUCCACCUUGCAUGGUGAUAACCUCAAUGAGCUUCUCUCUCGAAUCCCUCCCGGUACUGUUUCUCGCCUCACAUCCCUCAAUCUCUCUAACCACCCAACCUUCCCCACAUUAGGGUUACAAUUUAUUCUCAACAAUAACCCUACAUUCAGAUUGACCUCUCUCAUCUGUUCCAAUAUUGCUUCUCUCAAAUUUACUGAUAUAACCUUCAUCGCAGAUUCCUUUCCGUUUCUCCAACAUUUGGAUCUCAGUUUCCCCGGAGGACAAAUAGACCAUGACGACUAUGACCGCCAGAAGGAGGAUUACAGCAAUGCUCUAAAUCUUCUUGCUCAAAAGCUUUCCAAUCUCCUCAAAGUUAAUCUCUCUGGUAAUGUCCGCGUUAAUGAUUCCUCGUUACUUCAAUUCUGUAUCAACUGCGAGUUUCUCCAAGAAGUGCUUAUCUCCCGAUGCCCUUUCAUAUCACAUGCUGGUAUUGCCGAAGCAAUCCACCACAGACCCAAUUUGAAUUCUUUCUCUGUUACCAACUACCUUCAACUUGAAAACUUUAACUCACACUUCGUUAGUUCAUUGGCCAGUUUGAAGCGCUUAACUUGUCUUGAUUUGUCUUUUUCGUGCAUUAAUGAUUCGUUGCUUGUCUCUCUAGCACUUCAAUCGCCUCCUCUGACUAAACUUGUCCUCCAAGGUUGCUACAAUUAUACAUAUACAGGCAUCUGUUAUCUCUUUUGCAAGUGUCGAUCUUUGCAGCAUCUAGAUCUUCAAGGUGCUAAAUUUUUGAAUGAUCAGCUUUUCAGUCGGCUCUGUGCAUUUCUUACUGAUUUGGUGUCUAUUAAUGUCAGUGGCUGUGACAGACUCGGCAAUUCAUCCUUCUUUGCACUCCUUACCAACUGUCCUAUGCUCAAGGAGAUCAGAAUGGAGUCCACAAAAAUUGGAACUGGUCCAACUCCGUCCGUGGAGGAUUUGGUUGUAUACCUUCGAGUGAAGUCGCUGCAUUUGGCUUACAAUUCAUUUUUGCAAGACAAACAUAUCAACAUCUUUGGUUUCAUGUUUCCUAACAUGCAACUUAUUGAUUUGAGCUUUUGCCGUCGCAUAUCUGAACAACAGAUUACUACACUGUUAAAGACAUGUCGUAAGAUCAGGCAUUUGAAGUUUGCCGGCUUCCCAAAAGCUAAGCUAUUUCUGAUCAAUUCUGAAGCUUGUGAUCUGGAGGUGCUGAACUUGUCCCACUCAAAAAUUGAUGAUGAAGAACUGUAUCAGAUCUCAAAGAGUUGCCCUCGCCUUCUGGAACUGGACCUUGAACACUGUUAUGAUGUCACGGAAAAGGGAGUGAGGCUAGCCGUUGAAAACUGUACACGCCUCAGAGAGAUUAAUUUGAGACAUUGUCGUAAAGUGUCUACUGAUAUUGUUUCCUGGAUGAUAUUUUCUAGGCCAUCAUUGAGAAAAAUAACGGCUCCACCUGAUUUUCGUCCCCGUGACUGUGAUAGGAAACUCCUCUUUCGCCAAUGUCUUGUUUUGAUCCUCAUUCAUACUCGGCAGAGCUUUGAAAUCUAUAUUGAGCGACAUAACAUCUGAUCGCAACAGUAGAAAACCUAUUAUAAUUAGAGGGGUUAUUAUCACAGUUGUCGUUUUCAACACGCUGUUUGGUCUCAACACAAAUCUAUGGAUGGCAAUGUCUGCAUUCAGAAUAAUUGGCCUUGCUAGAGCCAGUGAGUUUCCCUCUGACUUGUGAGCUAAUGUUAAAAACCAAAAAAUUGAUGUAGGUCAUCCAUAUCUUAAAGGGUAAAAUAUGUUUUCAGUUCCUACUUUUAUCGCGAGUUUUGGUUUUCUUCCUCUUAAAAUAAAAUCACUUGUUUUCAUUCAUACAAAAAAAUUUCUUUUGUUUUUAGUCCCUAAUGGGCAAAAUUUUGACAUUUUUUUGACAUUUUUUAAACAUAAUAUGGACUUAUAUAGGUUUAACAUGAUACAUAGAAAUAAUAUAGACCAUUUUAGGUAUGUUUAGAUAAUUAGAUUCUCUACAUUUGUUGACAGGUUGAGGUUGAGUAUUGACUAAGUGUUGUAGCUUGCAGGGUAUACGAAUAAAUGACGUGACGAGGAUUUCACUACAAUCUAGAUUCUCUGCAUUUUUUAACAGGUUUAGUUGUAAGUUGUAACUGGUUUAAACUAUAAUGUUUUUAUCUUACAUUUCAAAGAGUACCUUUUACUGCUAAAAUGUUUUCUAUUAGUAGAACUAAUCACACUUAGUUUUGCUGUUUAUUGCAUGAUCUAGUUUAUAUUCUCUAUUGCAUCUAGUGUACUGCAGUGUGAGGUUACUAUUUUCCUUUCUGUUUUUGCAAUUCUUUUUAGAGUUAGACUUGAUUUGUCUUUUACAUUUGCAUACUUCUUGGAAGUAAUAACAUGUGUUUUUAAAUGCUAGAUAUGUCUACUACAAGAAGAUUUGGCUCUUAUAUAUAUGAGAUUGGGCA